CGUAUUUAAUCUAAGCCCUGAAUCUACGGCCCUCAUUCCGCCGUGGAGAUCUGAUCGGACGGAUUCCAAAAUGAAACUGCUGACGUGCUUCACAGCUUUUGCGCUGGUCGGCCUGCUGGCUGCCGCGCCCACCUCUAACGAAGAAGAUGACAAAGUAGUAGUGACCAAGGAGUUUUACAUCGAAGAUUUCGUUAAAUAUAAAGCCGAACAUGAUAUAGUCAACUUACUUGCCCCAAUCAACUCGCUCAACUUCGAAGAAGACGAUUCCAGCUCCUCCGAAUCAAAAGAAAAGGACUCAGACAUGAUUGUAUUCUUCGUUGAAGCUGAUGUCCAACCUGAUGGAAGCCGCGUAGACCAAGGUUUAUAUGUCCUUAAAGAAGGAGUUGCCAAGAAAAUUUUGGAUAACGGCAGAGACGCAGCCGCGUCAGGAGACGAUAGCAAACUAGUUUUCUUCGGGGCUAAAGAUGGACUUUACGUUUACAACCCAACCACAAACGCAGCUGACAAAUACGGGCCGAUAACUGACAGCAUUAUAGCAAUCGCAAAGGAAAAAGACGGUGACGUAAUCUACAUUUUGACUGAGGACCGUCAAGUUUACAAAGUAACUGAUAAUGGCGAGAAGAAAGAGCUUCUAGAUGACGUUGUUAAAGCCAACCAAAUUGUGGUUGACUACGAGAACAACCUCUUUUUCUAUUCCGAUGAUAAGAAACCAUACGUCCGCACAGAUGAUGGUGUUAAAAAAGUGGAAGGUCUCCCAGAAAUCACUGGAGGAGUUGUUCUUAUCAGACCCCCAUUUUUCCUAGAUAAUGGUGCACCGUUUAUCAUUGAUAACAAAGUAUACGUUCUGUACCCCAACGGUUCAAGUGAAGUGACUGAUUUUGAAUUCACACCCAAUACAAUGCCAACCGCAUUCGCUCCGGAAGCCGCAUUACUCCAGUACUACGCGUAUGAUAAGAAAAUUUACGAGUACAAUGUUUUAGCUUUGAUCGUCAGCUCUCUAUUGGAGGAUCUCGGGAACUACCUCAAUAAACAAGCGGUGGAAAUAAGGAGUCUCUCGAAAAACAGCAAGCUAAAGCGUAAAACACAGGCAUAGAUUAAGCCAUAUUUACUGGUAAUAAAAUAAAUUACAAAUAUAUA